UGUUCGACUUUAAGUGAUACACGCACUAGAAUUGACAAAAGGUGUGUUACGUAAAGCUUUUCCUUGCAUAUAUAAGUUGAGUGGUGGUCGGUCGUUUAACUAGUCCGCCUUCGAGAACAACCUCAUUUGCACCAUGAUUUCCAGCAAAAUCACAUUUUUAACUGUUGUCGCUGCUUGCUAUAUUGCAACGUGCAGCGCGCAGAUUGCUGUCUUGACUCCAUGUCAAAAUGUGACUCUUGAGCAGAAUUUUUACCUUUCAUCGUAUGCUGGAAAGUGGUAUGAAUACCAACGAUAUUUCACAUUUUUCCAAUUCGGUGGAAAAUGUGUGACGGCUUAUUACACACCUAAUGGCACCGACACCAUCACAGUGAGGAAUUAUCUCGUUAAAGAAAAUACUGGUGAAGUGAAUAUCAUUCUUGGUUCGGCUACUUUGGUCAGUGAAGUUGGAGAGGGAGAGCUAUCGCUUGACUUUCCCUCAGUAGGGCAAGUGGAUCAAGAUUACUGGGUGUUGGGAACAGACUACAAUAGCUUCUCGGUCGUUUGGUCUUGCUCCAACAGUGGCAGCAACCAAUCCCUUCAACUGGCCUGGCUCUUGACUCGUGAUAGAGUGCCCAGCAGCGAGACCCUGGCUCUCGCACAAGAGGUCAUCGACCGAAAUGGACUUGUGGACAGCUUUUUGAUCACAAACCACGAUUCAUGCCCCGAGGACCCUUACCCUUAAAUCUUUCCGCAAAUUCUGAUCUCUGAAUAAUUUAUGUUUUAGUGAAUAAAAACACACAAAA